AUGCCGCCUCAUCGCCCGGAGCUUCAGGGACGGCGGUUCUGGUCAGGACUCUCGAUUCUGUCCAAGAGAUCAUACACAACAUCAUCGUUCGAGGCCGACGACGAGCGGUCCGACAGCGACGAGGAGAUGAGUCUGCGCGAUAGCUUCGACAGCGACGAGCGCCCCGGCGUGCCGGCUUACAAGGGCCAUGAUGCUAGACCGACUAGCAAGAAGGAGCUCUGGGGAUGGUACAUGUAUGGCUUCGCGGCCGAGACAUAUGUGAUUUGUGGAAUUGCUUCCUUUAUCCCUAUUCUCUUAGAGACGCUCGCUCGAGAAAACGGUGUUCUCCUUUCCAACCCGGAUAAGCCCUGCGGUUCCAGCGACAGCAAGUCAGAGGAUGAUGGCCAAUGCAUCGUAUAUGUGUUCGGCAUCCAGAUCAAUACGGCAAGCUUUGCCAUGUAUACCUUUUCCGUCAGUGUUUUGCUACAGGCGCUCCUCGUCGUUAGUAUUAGCUGUGCUGCGGACCAUGGCAAUUACAGAAAGCGGCUUCUUCUCGGAUUCGCCUGGCUCGGUGGACUUUCGGUGAUGGCAUUCAUCUUCAUUAACAAGACCACGUACCUGCUCGGAGCCUUGCUGACAAUCAUCUCCAAUACUUCUUUUGGCGCUUCGUUUGUUCUUCUCAACUCAUUCCUCCCUCUUAUGGUUCGUAAUCACCCUGAAGUAAUUGACGCGUACGCACAACCAGAGGCGCCUAUCCUCGCCGAGCCAGCUUUAGAGUCAACUGAGGACCUGGAAGAAGCCAUGGUCAACUCCACUUCUGGUUUGCUACCUCCUGACGACCGGCCUUCAAGGUAUGGGCUGAAGCGAGUGCCCACCCACGAGGAAAUCACUUCUAAAGAGCUUCAACUUUCUACGCGCAUAUCGUCUUUUGGCAUCGGCAUUGGCUACAGUGCUGCCUUGUUCGUGCAGUGCGUCUCUAUUGUCAUCCUCUUGGCCAUGAAAAACACGACAUGGUCGCAGAGGGUGGUGCUCUUCAUGGUUGGGACUUGGUGGUCUGUUUUUACUAUCCCUUCUGCGAUGUGGCUUCGACCUAGGCCCGGGCCACCUCUUACGGUACAUGGGCAGAAGAACGGCCCCUCGUGGUGGACAUACUUCAGGUACUCCUGGAAAUCUCUAUUUCGCACUAUUCAGCUGGCAAGGCGACUGUUGGAUAUCAUGCUCUUUCUAGGAGGCUGGUUUCUUCUAUCAGACGCCAUUGCCACCACAUCUUCCACUGCUGUUCUAUUCGCUAAAACUCAGCUCCAUAUGAAGCCCUGGGCCUUGGGCAUGAUCAAUGUCAUUUCCACCAUGUCUGGAAUUUUUGGUGCCUUUGGCUGGUCGUGGAUUUCCCGGGCAUUCAACCUCAAGCCUCAUCAAACGAUUCUUGUAUGUAUUGCACUCUUUGAGCUCAUACCGAUUUACGGCUUGAUGGGCUACCUUCCGUUCAUUCAACGGUGGGGCGUCAUGGGCCUGCAGCAGCCUUGGGAAAUGUAUCCCCUGGCAGCCGUAUAUGGUCUGGUCAUGGGCGGUCUGAGUAGCUACUGUCGCUCGUUGUUUGGCGAAUUGAUUCCACCCGGAUCUGAAGCCGCUUUUUACGCACUCUAUGCCAUUACCGAUAAAGGGUCUAGCGUUUUCGGACCCGCCAUUGUUGGUGCCAUCAUUGACAAAACUGGAAGCAUCAGGCCCGCGUUCUGGUUUCUUGCUGCGCUUGUUGGCUUCCCUGCUCCUCUAAUUUGGCUCAUCAACGUGGAACGUGGCAAGAUGGAAGGCGAGAAGCUCGCUGAGACCAUCGAGGCAUUUGACGUAGAAGACCUUGAGAGAGAAGAGGGAGAGCAAGAGGAUGAGGAAGCAAACCGUGGCAUGUUGGCAGACUAUGAAGCCGCAGAGGAGAAUGGGGCCACGACCCAUCGACACUGA